GCCAGUUGUAGGAGCAGCUCCGGUGGGUUUGGCGGUGACAGACUGACAGGCGGCGGCUCCACUCACAGCCUCGGUGUCGGGCAGACCCUCCCAGCUCUCUGCGCGUUGGAAGGAAGCGGAAACCAGCGUCGUAAACCUUCUGCUCGUAGCUGCGUUCAGGCUCCUGAGGACGGGGUGUAUAAGCGGCAGCGAGACGGUCGUCGUGUGUCGCCUCCGGAGAGGAAACAGGGAAACGGAUAAACACAGCGAAGGGUUUCUGCCUGUCAACGGUGGCAACAUCGACACGGAAUAUCUCGAGUGGUACCUCACUGUAACCUGUAUGUGAGGUCUAAGCCCUAAAGGAGCGGGUCAUCGACGGGAGGAGAGACUCGGAGAGAAGCAUCUGGCCGCAGAAGCCUGGAUACUGUUGUUUUUAUUUUUUAUUCAGUCGCCGAAAGACGCCUAAGAAGCCGAGCGGUUUCUCUGAGCACGCAACACGACGAACCAUGGAGGCCAUCGCCAAAUACGAUUUCAAAGCUACCGCCGAAGACGAGCUUAGUUUCAAGCGCGGAGACGUCCUCAAGGUAUUAAAUGAAGAGUGUGAUCAGAACUGGUACAAGGCAGAGCUAAACGGAAAAGACGGCUUCAUCCCGAAGAAUUACAUAGAGAUGAAAGCCCAUCCGUGGUUCUUCGGGAAGAUCCCCCGGGCCAAAGCAGAGGAGAUGCUAAACAAACAGAGGCACGACGGGGCCUUCCUCAUCAGAGAGAGCGAGAGUGCACCCGGAGACUUCUCCCUCUCUGUGAAGUACGGAAACGACGUCCAACACUUCAAGGUUCUUCGCGACGGGGCUGGAAAGUAUUUCCUAUGGGUGGUGAAGUUCAACUCGCUCAACGAGCUGGUAGACUACCACCGCUCCACCUCGGUCUCUCGCAAUCAGCAGAUCUUUCUGCGAGACAUAGAGCAGGUCACCCAGCAUCCCACAUAUGUGCAGGCGCUCUUUGACUUUGACCCCCAGGAGGAAGGAGAGCUGGGUUUCCGACGCGGCGACUUCAUCCAAGUCCUGGACAACUCUGACCCCAACUGGUGGAAAGGAGGCUGCCACGGCCAAACGGGCAUGUUCCCCCGCAACUACGUCACGCCUGUCAAUCGGAAUAUGUAAACAGUCAGACCAUGUAUACAACAACAAACCACCACCACCACCACAACAACAGCCAACCAUCACCACCACCACCAUCGUCAUUAUCGUUCUUGAGCUCAUCAGCCUCCCCCUCCUCCCCUCCUUCAUCCAACCAAACCCACCCGACCCCCUCCACCCUCCCUCUCUCUCUACGCCAUCCCACGAUAACAGGAGCAGACAGGAAGAACGCAAACAACCCGAAAGAGAGAGAGAGAGAGAGAGAGAAAAGAGAUAAAACAGGAGUAGUGCUGUCGUAGGCGUCGCCGUGUGGGUGGCAGCUGAGCAGAAAUCAACUUUUACUUGUGCUGAGAAACGUUCACCUCCCCAGUGAACGCCUCGGCGAGGAUUGAACUGUCUUUGAGGGAAAUCUAAAUGCAGAGAAACUAAAGAGUAGUGCACCAACCGUGAAGAUAACCAAAUGAUUCUACCGCUCCCACAGCUGCUUCUGUCUUCUCCGUAACUUCUUAACAUUCUGCCUUUCUUUUGUGUUGUUUAUUUUUUUCCUUUUUUUUUUUGUUUUUUUUUGCCGCAUGUUGUUUUAAUCACCUUUAAAUGAAAAAAAAAAACGCCUACCGAUAAAUCCUAACUCUGUUUUAAAAGGUUACAAAAAAAAGAAAGAAAAAAAAAUUAAAAAAUGUAAAAAAAGAUGAAAUGGUUUUAAAAAAUGUACAAAAAAACAAAAAGAAGAGAGAGAAAGAAGAAAAAAAAAAAGAUGCAAUCUACAGUACAGCAAAGUUUCCAUGUCUGAGAUCAUUGGCACGUGAGCAUUGUACAUCAGCCCGGCGGCUGUAUAAAUAAAUCAACUAUAGAGAGAAUCCAUUUUUUAAGAAUAUAUAUUAUAUAUUUGUAUGUGUUUUGUCUGUUUUACCUCUCAUCACAAAUUGUAUUUUUUUCCAUUUGUAAAUUAUGUUCAAUCUUUUGUUAGUCUGGAUAAGACCUAGUAGCUCUAGAAUGUGCUGAAUUUGUCAGUCAAGGUAUUUUUUUUAUUUUUUUUUGUCUCCUCUGAAUCUAUCUGAGGGAUCUCGGAUAAAAACACAGCAUCAUAUUUAAGGGGUCAUAAAUUCCACAUUCGAAAGAGGUUUCUCUUGUCUAUGAAUGCAAAAAAAAAGAAAGAAAAGUUAGUUCUCUUUAAGAAGAAGAAUCCUGUCCAGGAACGUUGACCAGCAAGUAGAGCCAUGAAUGCUGCAAGAGCUUGUUGUAUGACGGAGCCCUGUACAAAGGUCAGCCACCUUUUUUGUUUUGUUUUGUUUUCUUCAAAGCCAAUGUAUUUAUUGCAGCCAUUUUUAAAAACUUGGGCAGUGAAUGUAGCUGACUGAGUCCACAGACAUUAACAUGAGGGAAGCAAGGUCGGAGAACUGAACUACACACAAACCAUGCAAGGGAUUUAAACAAAGAAAAAAAAAAAAGACAUGCUGAGAUAGUGAUGUUGUCAAUAUUCAUUAUUAUAAAGAGAAUGAUGUGUGAGGAUAUGUACAGGUAGUUAAACAAUGCAUAUUCAGAUGAAAAA